AUGUCGUCGGGGCAGCAGCAGCAGCAGCAACAUCAGAUGCGCCUCUACGUUGCCGGCACCGAUGCACUCGCCAGCGGCUGCGUUUGUGCGCGUGGCGUGCUACCAGAUGUGCUCGUGUUCGACAGCGCGGUGCCGCAGCCCGACGCACCCCCCAAAAUGUACUCCUCGAAUUCGAGGCCACGCGCGGACGCACCGCUCCCGCCACCGCAAUAG